AUGACAUGCCAAUGGUUCUCUAGCAUCCUAUUUUCUUGGACACAAGCAACAUAUCACAUCCACAAGAUAUCUCCUCCAGAUUCAACCUGGUCGCCACUGGAGCCUCAAAUUGACCAACCACCUUCAACUGUAUUUGACUGGGCAACUUGGUCAACAUCAUCCAAAAUUUAUCCUAUCAUCCAAUCACUUUAUGGCUCUUUGCCCAACAAGAGCAGUGAGAAUAUCAAUUGGUUGAAGAUGGACCUGGAGUCCAAACAGAGUGGAAAUGAUCAUGGUCCAAUGGUGGAGACAGAUGAGAAAAGCUGGCAUAGGUGCCUGAUGAUCACCCUGGAACUCCUGGAGAUCAAUAUAAAGAAGGCUGACACUGAAGCCACUGCAAAACCUGCCAUGACUGAGACUGAGCUACCAAUGCCCAUAGACAUGGACACCCAGCCCUCUGUUCCUGCAUCCUCCAAGCAUCCAUCUUCUUCCAUGCCUGCUGGUGUGCAGAAACGCAAAAAAGCCAAAAUAUCCCAGUCAGGUCCCAAAGAAGCUGGCUCUCAUCACACCUCUACUCAGUCUUCUGGCUGCAACAAACCCAAAGGAAAGGAAAAAGACCAGGCUGUCAAGUCUGCGGUGACACCUGGAUCUGGGUUGCAGUUUUCAUUGCCAGAUACCUCAGGGUCUGUGCCUGGACCAUCAUCCAGCAGGAUGAUCGGCUCAACACACAAGGUGACUACACCAGCCUAUGUGAGCUGGGAAGAUCUGUUAACCUCUAAGAUAACAAAAGAUUGGUCUGACUGUGCUGAUGAAAUAGCAAUGUCGGAGCAAAGGGGGGAUCAGAGUUGGCAAGAAUUCCAGGAAGAAAGGCCUGUAAUUAAUGCCCUCCAGUCUAAGAAAUUACUGAAGUAUUACAGCCAGCUUCAUAUCAAUAGGCCAGAAUCUGGAAAAUUCACUUGGACACUUUUAUUUAUUAUUGGAGCGACACCAAACAAAGUAGCUACAUUUUGUCUUGCAUGGCGAUGGCUUCAUUACUUGACCAUGAAGAUCACCUAUGUACUAGCAGUAUGGUACCAUCAUCACCUUGUGCAGCUGAUUCAUUUGUACAGCCCCACAAAAGCUCCACGAGGUUAA